AUGAGCCGAUCAGACACAGGGACUGUGGCUGCGACACCAGAGACUGGAGCCCUGAGGAUGGCUCACCUGCUGGGCAACCAGGCCUGCAUGGACAGCCUGCGCAAGGACCUCACUGACCUGCAGGGCACCAUCGUAGAUGUCUUUUCCCAUGCUGGACCUGUGCGCUUUCCCUCCUGGAAGUUUCCUGACCGUGUGGCCUGUGACCUGGACAUGGUGGCCCUGCUAGAGCACUAUGACCAUGUGCCAGGUGACCCGGAGUUCACACAGCUGUCUCAUGCGGUGCUCUUGGAGCUGGUCAUUGACAGGCUCCUACUGCUGCUUCAGAGCUGUGCAAGCUACUUGGAGAACCUCAGUUCAGAGCAGACAGUGCCCCCUGCCCGGGCUUUGGAGCCUUGCAUGUCCGUGGGGCUCACCGUGCAGCGCUUCUGGAACAGCCUGCUGAAGCUGGGAAUGCUCUACCAGCAGAUGCUCCACCAGAAAAGGGCAACCCAAGGGGAGACCCCCACCUCCAAGCCCACAGCCAAGGGCGAGCCAGCCAGGAGUCCGGAAUUUGUGACUGCCAAGUUCAUCAAGCCCCCCUCCCCAAUUCCAGGCUUGCCCCAGACCUGCCAAGAACCGGGCAGUCUCUCCAUCAGAGUCUCUCUGCAAUCUCCAGCCAGGAGCACUGAAAGCACCAGGAGCGUCCACUCCCAGACCGUGGAGACUGCCCUGGUGCCCUGUGACGCGUGCACCAGUGUCCAGGGCAGCCUGCGGGAGGUGGGCAAGGUGGUCAUCAGCUUGUGUCAGAACCAGAACUUGCCCUCAUCCUUAGGCCAGUUUCAGCAGCUAGUGCGGGACACCAUGGGGCUCAGGCCACUGCCAGCUGCCACUGUGGGCCACUGGGCAGCAGAACAGAGCAAAGACCUGACCCGUCUCAGUAAGCAUGUGGGAGCCCUCACUCAGCUUGUCGGGCCCCUCAAGGCCCAGCUGGAGGAGGCUGAGGGGCAGAAGGAAGGACUGAGGAAGCAGGUGGGCAAGCUGGAGCAGGCACUGCAGCAGGAGCAGGGGGAGCGGCGGCGGCAGGCGGACAAGGCCCAGCAGCACCUGGCAGAGUGGGAACAUGACAAGCAGCAACUGCGCUCAGAAACAAGUGACCUCAAGAGGAAGGUGGCCACCCUGGAGCGGGAGCUGAAGCAGCAGAAGGAGUCCACACAGGCUGUGGAGACAAAGGCCCAGCAACUACAGGAGGAGGCCAAGCGCAGGGUAGAGGCUGAGAGGCAGGUGCAGCAGCUGGAGGAGCAGGUGCAGCUGCUGGCAGGGCGGCUGGAUGGGGCCAGCCAGCAGAUUCGCUGGGCCAGCACAGAGCUGGACAAGGAGAAGGCCCGCGUCGACAGCAUGGUCCGCCACCAGGAGUCCCUGCAGGCCAAACAGCGAGCCCUGCUACAGCAGCUGGACAGCCUGGACCAGGAGCGUGAGGAGCUUCGGGGCAGUCUGGACGAGGCCGAGGCCCAGCGGGCACACAUGGAGGAGCAACUGAAGAGUGUACAGAGCGAGAGGGAGCAGGGGAAGUGCCAGCUCCAGGCCCAGCAGGAGCUGCUGCAGAGCCUGCAGAGGGAGAAGCAAGGCCUGGAGCAGGCGAUGACAGAUCUGCAGCUGACCAUCUCGGAGCUGGGUCAGGAGCUCAUGGAGCUGAGGGAACGGGAGCGGCUGCUGGUGGCCUUUCCGGACCUGCACAGGCCUGUUGAGGCCCAGAUCCAAAGCUCUGGCAACGUUAUGGACGACAUGGAGAGGCAGGUGCAGGCCAACGACAUCCGCAUCCGGGUCCUGCAGGAGGAGAAUGGGCGGCUCCGGUCAAUGCUGUCCAAAAUUCAGGACGUAGCCCAGCACGGGGGCCUCAAGCUGAUCCCCCAGGACCAGCUCUGGGCCCGACCCGGCCAGGGAAUCCAGGGAGCAGCACCCCCAAUCCAGACUCAGAGAGUGUCCUCAGGGCCUCUGGGCAGGCGGCACUCACCUGGCAGCAGGACAACCAGUGCAAGCAGGACUCUGCCGGGCCAGCCCCGGACAUCCCCAUCUCGGCAGUCUGGCAGCCAGCCCAGCAAGUCCUCCCUGGAGGAUGUGACCCACUCGACCACCUGUGCCCAGAACCCCAUCCAUGUCUUGACCAGGCUAAGGAGGAGACUGUCACCAAGCCAGGGUCAGGCUGGGCCUACACACCAGCUCCAGGAACCGCCCGUGUAGCCUACAGCGGGAUGGGCUUGAGGGCAGGUAGCUGGCAACCAACCCAAUGUAAUAAAGCCCUGGCUGUCUACU